AUGUCCAAAACUUUAAUUUGGGAUAAUGGCGCGAAUACGAUUAAAAUUGGAUUUAUAAGCGAUCAGCAACCAAGAAUUAUACCAAAUUGUGUUGUGAAAGCAAAAAGUGAACGAAAAAGGGUUUAUGUCGGCGAUGAAUUGAAUGAAUGUCGUGAUCAUUCUAGCUUAUUUUUUUUAUUACCAGCUGAAAAAGGAUAUAUUGUGAACUGGGAUAUUCAGCAAAAAAUUUGGGAUCGAAUUAUCGGAAAAGAUGUUUUUGAUGUAACACCAUCAGAUACAAAACUCGUUUUAACAGAUCCGAUUUAUAAUGUUCCUGCAAUAAAGGAUUUUUCAUAUGAAAUUCUGUUCGAACACCAUUCAUUCCAUUCGGUUGCUAAAACAAGUGCAACUUCGCUAGUAGCACUGGCUGAUACGGUUUCUUCACAAUAUGGGAACGAAUUUUGUUGUAUUAUUGUUGAUUCUGGCUAUUCUUUCACUCAUAUUGUUCCUUAUUACAAAGGAAAGGCUGUUCGAUCUGCCAUUGUUAGGAUCGAUAUUGGUGGAAAAGCGCUGACGAAUUUGCUUAAAGAAUGGGUGUCAUAUCGGCAGUUGAAUGUUCUUGAAGAAACGUACGUGAUGAAUGAAUGUAAAGAAGAUGUUUGUUAUGUAGCUGAUGAUUUCCAACGGCACAUGGAUAUUGCCAAGCGUCAUGGCAAGGAGAAUUCGAUUAUUAGAGAAUAUGUGCUACCCGAUUUCGUUUCACAUCAUCGUGGUUUUAUUUGUGAACCGAGCAACUGCAAUAAAGAAAAUAAUCAAAAACUUACGGUGAAUGUAGAAAGAUUUGCUGCACCAGAGGCUCUUUUCAAUCCAUCAGACGUAGGAAUUCAUCAAAUGGGUAUUCCAGAGGCACUUGCGUAUUCUGUUAGUUUAUGUCCAGAAGGUAAUUAA